AGCCUGUAUUUGUAUGAGCAAGAGUAACUUUAUCUUGGACCCUGGGUGCUGUGGAAAUUCCCCAUGAAGAUAAACAACCACUAGAUGGACGGUGCAGCAGCUGCACGUACUGAUAGGAAACAAGUCUGUGAGGACUGAUAAGGUGACGUCAUAGGGCUCUAUUGAAGUCCUUAUAAUCUAGGACUUUGACAGCUAAGAGAGCCGGUCGGACUGAGGUGAGCGGGCCGCUCCUCUGUUCCACAAACCUUCUUGCUCGGUCAGACUCAGCCGAGCCUCUGCGGACCGACCAACCAGCCCAGCCGCCCUGCACACCGGAUUCUAAGUGACCCUGGGACUGGUUCGUUAUCAAAAUACUUUCCUAAAUUGUUAUUGCUAUAUUGAUGGCCGUAUUGCUGUGAUUAUGCUGCGCUGUGAUGCUGAUGGUGAGGGGGCUGUUCCUCCCACUGCCUUUUCUGUGUGAAUAAACGAGCGCACUGGAAGGCACGACACCUGUGUGUUUGCCUUAAUUCUCGCUCGAAGCCACGCGGAGGCCUCACUCAGUGCCAGGUAGAUCCUGGGGGUCUGCGAGUCUCUUGGGGUUCGUCCCCCUGACUUGCAGGAAGAGACUGCAGCGCGGUCUGUGAGCCCAGCAGACCUUCACGACAAGUCCCCGCCCCCGCUCGGCUGACACGCCCCCAGAUCCUUCCAGCUCCCGCUCCCGCCCCCAACCCUGGUCGGUGCGGUGCAGCGGCGGCAGAAUCGGCAGAGCGGAGGAGAGCAGGUCUGCACCUCUGCUUCCUCAACCAGGAGUCACCAAGAUGCCCAUCCUGGAAAAAGCCCCACCUAAGAUGGCAGCAAAAACUCCCAGCAGUGAGGAGGAAUCUGAGCUGCCCAAACUUCCAGUGCCCCCACUGCAGCAGACCCUGGACACAUACUUGCGGUGCAUGCAGCACCUGGUGCCUGAGGAGCAGUUCAGGAGGAGCCAGGCCAUCGUGCAGCAGUUUGGGGCCCCUGGUGGCCUUGGUGAGAUCCUGCAGCAGAAGCUCCUAGAGCGACAGGAGAAGACAGCCAACUGGGUGUCUGAGUACUGGCUGAAUGACAUGUAUCUCAAUAACCGCCUGGCCCUGCCUGUCAACUCCAGCCCAGCUGUGAUCUUUGUCCGGCAGCACUUCCAGGACACCAAUGACCAGCUAAGGUUUGCUGCCAAUCUCAUCUCCGGUGUGCUCAACUACAAGGCCCUGCUAGACAGCCACUCCAUCCCCACAGACUGUGCCAAGGGCCAGCUAUCAGGUCAGCAGCUCUGUAUGAAGCAAUACUAUGGGCUCUUCUCCUCCUACCGGCUCCCCGGCCACACCCGGGACACACUGGUGGCCCAGAAGAGCAGUGUCAUGCCCGAACCAGAGCACAUCAUCGUAGCCUGCUGCAACCAGUUCUUUGUCUUGGACGUUGUCAUUAAUUUCCGCCGUCUCAGUGAGGGGGAUCUGUUCACUCAGUUGAGGAAGAUAGUCAAAAUGGCUUCCAACGAGGAUGAACGUUUGCCUCCAAUCGGCCUGCUGACAUCAGACGGGAGGAACGAGUGGGCUGAGGCCAGGACAGUCCUCAUGAAAGACUCCACCAACCGGGACUCGCUGGACAUGAUCGAGCGCUGCAUCUGCCUGGUGUGCCUGGAUGCCCCAGGGGGCUUGGAGCUCAGUGACACCAACAGGGCACUCCAGCUCCUUCAUGGCGGAGGCUGCAGCAAGAACGGGGCAAACCGUUGGUACGACAAGUCCCUGCAGUUUGUGGUGGGCCGGGACGGCACCUGUGGCGUGGUGUGUGAACACUCCCCGUUCGAUGGCAUCGUCCUGGUGCAGUGCACGGAGCAUCUGCUCAAGCUCAUGAUGAGGAGCAGCAAGAAGCUGGUCCGAGCUGACUCUGUCAGCGAGCUGCCGGCUCCCAGGAGGCUGAGGUGGAAAUGCUCCCCGGAAAUUCAAGGCCUCUUAGCCUGCUCGGCAGAAAAACUACAAUGCAUAGUAAAGAAUCUUGACUUUACUGUUUAUAAGUUUGACAACUACGGGAAAACAUUCAUCAAGAAGCAGAAAUGCAGCCCUGAUGCCUUUAUUCAGGUGGCCCUCCAACUGGCCUUCUACAGGCUCCACAAGAGACUCGUGCCCACCUAUGAGAGUGCGUCCAUUCGCCGAUUCCAGGAGGGACGGGUGGACAACAUUCGAUCGGCCACUCCAGAGGCACUGAGCUUUGUGAAAGCCAUCACUGACCACAAGGCUGCCAUGCCAGAUUUGGAGAAGCUUCUGCUCCUGAAGGAUGCCAUCCGAGCCCAAACCGAGUACACAGUCAAGGCCAUAACAGGGAUGGCUAUCGACAACCACCUGCUGGGGCUGCGGGAGCUGGCCCGGGACAUGUGCAAGGAGCUGCCUGAGAUGUUCACGGAUGAAACGUACUUGAUGAGCAACCGAUUUGUCCUCUCCACCAGCCAGGUGCCCACAACCAUGGAGAUGUUUUGCUGCUAUGGGCCUGUGGUGCCCGACGGCUAUGGUGCCUGCUAUAACCCCCAACCGGAGGGCAUCCUUUUCUGCAUCUCCAGCUUCCACAGCUGCAAAGAGACCUCUUCUACCAAGUUUGCGAGAGCUGUGGAAGAAAGCCUCAUUGAAAUGAGAGAUCUCUGCUGUCCGCCACAGUCGGCCACAGGCAAGCCACUGUUGGCAAAAGAAAAACCAACAAGGCCCAGCCAGAGCCACAAACCUUGACUCCUGCCGCUAGGUGUCACCUCCCCAAACCCAACAUUCUGCAGCAGCCAGACCCUGCCCACCCCCUGCUCCCAACCCUCAACCCAGCUUUCUGCAGCUACCCUGUCCUCAGGGCCCAACUCAUAGCCCACACUGAGGUGUUACACAAAGCUGAGUGUCAGGGGGAAAACGUCCCUCGUUAUGCAUGGGAAUCAUCAUUAGUUAUCGAGGUGUCCUCUGCCUGUGCGCUGGAAGUAAGACCAGCCUGGCGUGAAGGCGGCCUGGGAAAGGUGGGGAAACGACACUGACUUCCCUCCAUGGCCUCAGAAGCUUAAUGUUGGUAUUUGCUUCUCCAGCAGGACCUAGCACGUCCAGGUCACGUUUGCCCAAUGAAAGAAUGAGUCACCUUAUUAAGUACAAUGUACCUAAAUGACUCAUGAGCAAAGAGGCUAACUCCAAGUCUUUACCUCUUUUCUUUCUUUUUGGGAGGAGUAGAGGGCUUUGUUUUCAGAUUCAAAGCAGACUGCUCAUUCAGAGUGGCCUGCACUGAACCAUACAGUCCUGUAAGCACCCCCUCCCCUGCACAAACACACACACACACACACACACACACACACACACCAAGUUAAUUUAAAAUAUAGUGACCUGGGCCCACAAACACAUUUCUCCUUUCGCGCCCCAGAGGCAGCCUUCCACUGAGUUCAGAAAAUCUGGUCUGGCUAUUCCGGAAGGGAAAACCCUCAUCUGCCAUUGCCCUGGAGUAGUCACUGCUCUCUGCUUCGCUGGAAGCCUCAGGGACAGUCCAGGAUGAGUAAACAGCACAGCCUGCGGCAAGCGGUAGGGAUGGAGGGAGAGCCAGUCUACUAUCCCAGGAUCCUGCCACUUGCGUUUUUCCUGGUUGCUUCCCCACUCCUCUUCACAGGAAACACGCCCAGACAGGUGAUCUGCCUUGUAGAGAAGAUGAGAGACGAUUGGUUUGGGGGCUUUCUGUGGUUGUUGUUGUUGUUGUUAUUGUUGAUUUGUUUUGUUUUAUUCAUUCUUAAGAGAGGCUCUUAAGAAAACUGCUGUGAUAUUAAGUUCAGGAAAUGAUCUCAGUGGUUUAAGCAGGACACCCUUAGAGAGCUGGGCUCCUUUGCGUGGAGGAUGUUGUCCAGGGAUCGGGACUAAAACCCAUGUGGAGGAGCCCUGGGCAGGGCUCUCCGCUGGCCUCAGGGGCUGAGAGCACAGCUGGCAGAAAGCAGGGCCAGGAGGAGGGAAUGGCCUAGUCCAGCGCUGGCCCUGACGGAGGGGCAGACAGUCCACAGAGCGAGAGUUGAGAUUGUCCUGAGAGCUGUGAUUGGGGAGGAGAUCUUCCAAUUGGGGCAUAUUUUUAUGAGAAAUCUAAAAGGACAAAGGAGUGGGAAAGCAACCAGAAAAAUCCAAGCUGCAAAUAGCUGAGGCAGUCUGCUUCUGUCCAGAGGAGGCGCUGUGCUCCCUGGGGAGUUUCCUGAAAAAGUUGUCCCGACCUCCACCCCACCCAUCCUGCUGUGCUCUGCACCAUUCUGAGCGUUCCACUCUGGCCCAGGGACCCUGCACAUGUCCCUUCUUUGGGCCACUGUGCAUGCUGUCCGCAUUUGACCUGUGCUGAAGCAUGCAGGGCUGAGAUGGGGGCAGGCAUUCUGACCUUCGCUCAGCUCUCUGAAAACACAAGCAGCCCCAACAGUCCUGGUUUUAGAUUGCAGACCUCUGUUGGAUGAUCUGGAGAUUCUGGCACUGCCCUUCGAAGUCACUGGUCUGUAGGUCCUUGCUCCUGCCCUCAGGCAUCUCCCUCCUGCUCCCCUGGGAAAGCUGCAGCCCAAGAGUCCUGCAAAUGUCUGGGGAGCUGCUAUCCAACUGCUGUAAGCUGACCCAAAGCCCCUUGUCUGUUCUCACCCAAUAACCACAGUGACGAUCUGAGUUCUCUUCUGGUUUCCCUCUAUGGAUUUCUGGGCAGGCAGAGAGCUCUGGUUUGGGUCAGGCAGCCCUGCUGACCUUGGCCAAGAGAUUUAAGUGCUCAGAGACUCAAUCCCCUCCAUCAUCAAGUGGGGACAAGAAUGUCCCAAACUUGCAGGGCUGUGAGCAUUGGAGAGCAUGUGUAUAAAGGGUUUUGCACAUGCAGGUGGGCACUGGUGCCCACUGUCAGGAUGGCGUUACCCCAGUGGGCAUUGUUUGGGUGAUUUUUAUUUCAGAUGUUUUACACUGACUUGAACGAACCAAACUCACAUCUGCCAUUCUCUGAACACAGGGAAAGGAAAGUGACUCUGUAUAUUCAGAUAUCAACCAUGCACUGUGAGGGCUUUGAGAAGUGUGGAUGGGGGCUGUUUGGCAGGAGGGACACCUCCUCUCUCUGAGGAAGGGCUGGAAGCUGGUCUUCCCCCUCCAAGCACAGGUGGCUUCCCCGAGUCUUUAUGCAAAGGCAACACUGAGCCAUGGCCACGGACAUCUCUGUGGGGACCCUGGUAAAGGAGACUUCCCAGUGCUUCAAAGAGAUGGAAAAUGAAACCUGGAGACAGUCAUUGUGGGAUAGUGAUGCAUAAUAAAAAUGUAUGUGGCCACCUUACAAUACUGCUAA